AUGGCGUUUUUUCAAUUGAUCCUGAAAGCUAGGAAACUCGAAAAGAAUAGAUUGAUAUAUGAAGAUGAGAAAUUGAAAUCGAUCGAGAUCUUCAGAGGUGGCAAGCCGCCUGUCACCUUGAAACAACAUCUCCGACGAAAGAGAUUAAAAUACAAAAAGAAGAUUGAACAUUUUUGGAGCAGAAUCAUCUCCUCCAUAAAGUAUACUUGGGUGUACAAAAAGGCAAGGCUGAUUCGUACCGACGGUUCGCUCGAGAAUUACAUUUUGAAGAGUGCUUUCGGGUUUUUGAGCGGUAUAUUUCUCACAUAUAUAUUUUUUAUAUUUUUUGUAUUUCAACUGAACUUUACUCUCACGUCCGCCACAAUGUUUUGCUCGGUCCUUGGAAUGAUUCUCACGCUUGGAUUGGCAUUUUCUUAUCGCGUAAGAUGCGUCGUCUUUCUAUUACUGCCACAGUUCUUUUCCAAACGUGGCAGACAAGCCUUGCUGGCUUAUGCUUUUAUUUUAACGCUCACCGGACCGGCGAAGAAUACCUUGCACAACAUAAGUGUUCUGUCGGAAUCUUUGGCUUGCGGACAGGAGCAAUUGAAGCAAGCCGUAAAGAGCGUAGUCGACUUGAUAAAACAGCCAUUCUACGCUCUGAGAGACGCGAUAUCGAAAGUGAUAAAGACGGUAAAGGUGGUCGUGAAGAAGAUUAAGCGGACUCUCCUGGCUAUCAAACGACUCGUGUUCAGUAUAUUGAGAGUGAUCAUGUCGGUUUUCCAAUGGCUCGGCAGUAUCGUGAAUAUUUGCAACAAGAAACUUGGCACGCCGUUCGACAGGUGUCAGAGAGUCUUCGAAGGUGCAGUAGCCGAUUGCAAGGCGAAACUUGGCCCUUUCUUCGGUGGGAUCUGCAAUUUGGCGUAUAUCGUUGGUGCCUUGUGUUAUAUAGUGAAGCCUCUGGACCUGAUCUGUAUGAUGGUGUCUUACAUAGCCGAUACUAUAGUCGACGCUGUGCGCAAAAAAAUCAAGAGGUUUACUCUCCAUGUAAGAGCGAUGUUCUAUGUCAAAGUGAAAUUUUCGCACUCUUUCCACUUGGAAACGAACCAAAGUAAAACCAUCGAAGAUAUAUCGACCGAUAUAAUCAGUGAGGUUCGAUCAAGAACCGACAAGUUUUUAGCCGUUUUUGAUUGGAUGAGUCUCUUCACGACAUUUUUUAUUUUACUCAUGUUGCUAAGGAUCAUACGUUAUCGAUACAAGUGGCUAACGAGCGAACGAUUCGACAAUCGAUACUUGACCGAUGAUUUGCGCACUAUCGAUUUAAUAAGGACGCGUCAGGACAAGGAAACUGUCCUACCGUUAAACGCUCGCGAGAGAAAUCAAUACAUUACACUGACGUCCGUCGCAUUGAUCAAAGUGGAAAAGGUAAAACUCGUCAAAUCAGCCGUCUUUUUGGGUUUGGCGACUUUGAAAAUUUGCAUGUAUAUAAUGGCAGACUAUAGUCUUUAUUGGAUUCUCAACACCAUCAGGCGUCACGGACGGAUCGAAACAAAGGUCCAACGACCCAAUUCCGUGGGCGUCUACGUGUCUGGCAACGGCUAUCUCGCCGAUCUUUACAAGAGUAUUGUAAGAGCCUUUGCACCGCGUAUCAAGGAUACAGAGAUCGACGCGACACCCUGUCUGCCAGAUCCCAUACCACCCGAUCUAGACAGGUAUACGCAGAUUGCGACGCUGAUUGUUCUCUGUUGGAUCAUGGCGGUAUUCGAACCUUACGGAUUGAGACUGCGGCAUGUUGUCAUGUGCAAAUAUCAUCCGGAUAGAGCCAAGCAAAGAGCCGCUUGGCUGUAUAAUCAUAUUAUUAGAUCGAGAGCAAGUUUCCUCAAGUUUGCGCGGCGCCAAUUGCGCCGCAAGUUCGGCAUGACCGACCAGAGAAUCGAGAAGGUCACGUUUCGAGAGCGAUGCCUGGCGAUGUGCCCGAUCUUGAACAAGUUGUUCCCUCAGAGGCAGAACAUGUGUCUGCUAUGUGGUGCUGUGGAACGCUCCGAACCGCAUAUUAAAUGCUCUACGCCCGGCUGCGUCGGUCUCUUUUGCACACGGUGCUUCGUAGAUUUGCAGAAUUUUUGCACGAUUUGUCGGUCGCCCAUCGAAUACGGCGAUUUGUCGGACAUCAGCGAGGAAAGAGAUUCAUCGGACGAUCCAACGAUUAUGAAGAAAGAAUUGGCACCAAGAGUCAAGCAAGAGGAACUAGCUGCAGAAAUAUCAUUGGUAAAAGGUGAGGAGCCAGCUGUGGAACGAUUAUCCGGAGAGGACGAGAAGGAAAAAGACAAGAGUAUAGACGUGGAAAAAAAAGAUCAAGUCGUGCAGAGGGACGAUGACGUCGAGGAUAGCAGUAGUUCGCUUUAUAGUUACACUUAUCAAGACGAAUCGCCGCGAAAGAUUCGAGUCGAGUGUCAAUGUAAAGCAUCCUUCAGAGACAUCGAAGCACAAAAGAUACGAGAAGAUGUCACUAUACAGAUUUUCAACGACUCAAUGACGAAAGAGACUUUGAGUAGCGAGGAUUCAACGUCCUGUUUCAUGGUGAAAGCUCGUAGGAAGUCGCUUGCGAAGAGGAAAUCUUGUUCGGAUCAUUUCAGCUCGUCUACGUCGAUAGCGAAUACCGAAUCCUGGCCGACGGAGGAAGUGGAUGAAAGGGUUCAUAUCGAGGUGGAUGAUAGUUCGGAGGAAUUACUCUUAAAAGAUGGCAUUGUCCGAGGGAAGAGACCAAGUCGCGUAAGAAAAGUCUUUGCUGCGUUCGUGAAGAUUCCUUGGCUCGGGAGGAAAUCGAUCGGGACGAUUUUCAAGAUAAUAUUUACAGCAGAAAUUAUGAUUCGCAUCGUGCACGACGUAGAACGAUUUGUCGCCGAUCGGAUCUUCAUGCGAGAAUCGACGAUGUGA